AUGUCGGCCAACACAACUGCCUCGCAACACAAUGGCAUGGAUUUUCCCAAGGAUAAUGAUACUGCAGAUAAGAAGAUUCAAGUAAAUACGACUCCACCUCUCCCAGUGAGAAAACAUCAGUCUAUCACUGGAAAUACCAAAACACUCCAUAGAUUUGGCCAAUUCCCUCGAGAAAUACAGAUCAAGAUCUUCAAACUCGCACUUCCUGAUCCGCGCAUCGUCCAUCUCGGACUCGAAGUGAUAUUUUCGAAGCCUGAGGAUGGAAUCACCUGGUUCCAUGCGAGAGUAAAUAAAACCAGGGCACCAGGCCUGUUAUCUUUACUUGAAACAUGCAUAACAUCAAAUGCCUCAGUUUAUUCUGGAGAUGGAUUUACUAAGAUCCAAAUUCAGCUUUUGAAUAGUCACCCGCACACGGCCAACAAGCAGCAUCUUAGCCCGAACGAAAAUUUCUGCUACAAGGACUGGGGCGAUAUGGUUCUCAACGAUACUUAUAAGCGAUUCUCAGAAGACAUCCUUAUGGUAAAUUAUAGUCGUUUUGACCUUUUAUAUCGUCUUGGCGAAUCGCUCGAUCUCAAGAGGCUUACCCAUAUUGCUGUGAGUUGGUUUGGAUAUUUAUCCGUCAGCACGCCUUGGACCAGUGGCAAAAUUACCAAGCUAUUGAACGAUACUUAUUCGCAAUGCCCAUGUCUCAAGAGGCUCAGUGUUCUUGGCUCGCGUAUUUGCGACGAGAAAGCACCUCCUGUUACCCGACUUCUUAACAUUGAUAAAGACUUGCUCAAGCUAGACCUCGAAGAUACAGACGGGCGUCAAGUUCCGUCUGAGGAGGCGGAUGAUAGGUAUCAAGUGUUGAAGAAAAUACUGAAAGCGCGAUAUCUUUUCGACAGACAUUUUGAAUCAUAUCGCAAAAAAACAGAAGAAGGAAACAAAAAUGCUAUCGAAUACUGGAACAAAGUCGAGGUAGUCAAUGUUUUUCAAUGCUGGCCUGAUGGAACUCAGUAUGAUUCAACUCUCUACAUUCCAGAGAUUGACUCCAUUGUGCGCAGCAACGAUGAUGGAUUCUUGGCAACCUUACCAGAAAGUACGCCAGAUAAGGUGAUAAAGCUAAGGGAUACCCUCAGAUUAGUAGAGCUCGGAGAUGGGCAAUGAUCAAACGAGCUACAGCAGGAAUUCCUUGGGUUUGAAUCAAGGCACAGUUUGAUGGAUUAUCAAGGAAUUGCAUUUAGGUAUAAUGGGGUUACGAUAUCUUUUCAUAGAGAAAUCAAUUGUACGCAAGUAAAGCAAUACCAAGCGGUCAGAUUUAUCUAGCAAAUUAAUGUAGAGUGACCCAUCGUGAUUUAUAUGACUAGUGGUGGAGGGGAGAGGGUAUGCAUAACCCACUGCAAGACCUUUUGAUGCUAUCUACUCCCU